CUGCACAAAGCAAACUGUUGGUUAGGAGUUGGCAUACGUUGACUUGUUUUCAUACGUCAAGACAGUAUUGAUUUUUCGUGCGUCCAUUUACGAGUUCUUCACGGUGAUGCUGAAUCAUACUUUUCUCUACAGACCUGAAAGCUGAAAAUAUAGAAGUACGCGUUGAAUAAAUAUAACUCAAGAAAGAACUUCUAAAUUGUUGAAAAUCUCAUUUUUUAAACAACACCAACAACCACGAGCGUGCAAAGUGUUUUUAGUAAAUUAUAUGAAACUGUUAUCAAAGGAGGAGAGGCACAGCAUUUAUUACAUAUUCCAAUACCAUAAAAAGGAGUUUUACACCAUUUUGGAAACGCCGUUAAAUUCGACCCAUAUUGCCUAAAACGUCCCAGCAAACAGACAGGCGAUUGACCUGAACGGCACUGAUAUCGUAAAAACACAAUGGCUUUGGACUUUGUUGCAACCUAUAAAGUUCUGGUGCUCGGGGACUCGAAUGUGGGCAAAACGUGUAUUGUCCAUAGGUAUUGUGAUGAGAAAUACUACGAUACAUACAUAUCUACUAUAGGUAUCGACUUUAAACAGAAGCUUAUCAAUUUGGAUGGAGUGCCAAUAAAGCUACAAAUUUGGGACACAGCUGGACAAGAAAGAUUUCGUACCCUAACCACAGCCUACUAUCGAGGAGCGAUGGGCAUUCUACUGAUGUACGAUGUGACGAAUUUGGAGAGCUACAAUAACUUGUCAUAUUGGUUGCGAAACAUUCAAGAGAACGCGUCACCGGAUGUUGUCAAAGUCUUAGUGGGCAACAAAUGCGAAUGUUCGGCUACGCAGCGAGCGGUUGAUAAAGAAAGAGGUGAAAAAAUUGCUGAAAAUUUUGAUAUGCCCUUCUUUGAAGUCUCCUGCAAAUGCAACAUAAACAUCGAGGAGGCGUUUCUGGCAUUAGCACGAAAAAUUCGGGAGCAACGCGAACGCCGGGGAGAUAAUUUCGAUAACGACGAAAAGACACAAGACAAGAAAUCGCCUGGUUCUAACGGACUCGGCACAUUCAGUUUGGCCAGCUUGUCCGAAGGCAAUCGUUGUUCCUGCUAAGCCGAACGGAAAUAUUCCACAUACUCAUAAGGAACAAUACGUCCACCAGAGUGCUAUUGUGGAAUGCCCCAUACAUGCGUACAAGCAUACUAACCUCGUAAAUACAAAACGCGCGAAUUAGAUACAAAUAUACUUACAUGCAUCCAUACGCGCCUACUUGAAGCCGUGUGGCUGCGUGUUCUAACAAAAGGGGUCAGUAAACAAUUUUGUGAGCGGGAUAUGGUUGUUGCUGUCGACACAGUUUCGAGCGGCGCCAGCUGUGUGGCCCUGCUAUUUUCAUUAGGUGUUGAUUGGAAGCGAGUUAUUUGUACGUAUGUAUGCAUAUACAUUUAAAUUAUUGUAUAUUAAGGUACAGAAUGCAAUACAAAAUGUAGUAAAAUGAAAGAGCAAACCUAAUUUAUGUAGCCAAAAAUUAUUGUUCAUACAUUACUAAAAAAAAAGAAAAUGCUCUCUGAUUUUAAACGCUUCAUAUUUGCACAAUAAUGUGACGCGCCAAGCACUCGUUGCAUAUGUAUGUAUGUAUGUGUAAAAAUUAAUUAUGCUACGCCUUUCCAGGUACAAACAUAUUUUCGUGGUCUCUGGGACCCGAUUUGGUCAAUGCUUGCAAUUGCUUUAUGUGGCAAGACGUAAGAAAUAUUGCAAUUGAACUCAUUGUAGGUAUACAUCCUGCAUACCUACAUGCAUACAUACAUAUGGAUAAGAACAUAUCGCUUGUUUGCUGGAAGAAUGUCAGAACCCAAAAAAUUAAAUAUUCGAGGAAAACAUCUUCACACUUUUCAAUUUACUAGGCCUCCUAAAAAAUAAAAGUAAAUGCACAUUUUCAUCAAAAGAGAUACACCCAACUGUGUUUUUACACAGUGGAUACGUUCCGUAGAAAUGCGUGCAAAAAAAAUCGUUUAAAAAUACAUACAUACAUACAUGCGACAUAUGGUAAAUUUGGGGUUAUGUUCGACAACUUAAAAGAAACGUGUAUGAUGAGAAAACUUUAAAUAUUUUCACAAAAAAAUUGACAAAAGAAAUAAUAUAGAAAUCUAUAUUAAAUGUAUAAGUAUUUGUAAAACAAAACCUAUUAAUUUUUAUUAUAAAAAAAAGUUUAAUUAGUGUAUGGUUAAAAUUCAAUCCAUAAGUACAAAUCAUAUAAAAAUUCAGAACAAAAAUCAAUUUUGCCAAUUUUUGGACCAAAAAUGGUAUCAUCAGUAGAUAUGACUAUGUCAAGCCCAGCGCAUCUCUCGGGCUUUAUUUAUUUUUUUCCGAAAAAACACGCGUAAAAUUCAGAAAAAAGCAUGCAAUUUUUAUUUCAAUCGAUAGUAGAGUCCAUAUAAUUUAAUGUUUGAAGAUUAUUUCACGCAAAUGUUGACCGCGACUGCGCUUCAAAUGGUCCAUCCGCUUAGUCCAAUUUUGGCAUACUCUUUCCAAUGUUUCGCCCGGUAUCUCACAUAUAAAUGCUUUAAUGUUGCCUUCCACUGCGUUAAUUGAAGCAGGCUUAUCUGAAUAGACAUGAGCUUUAACAUAGCCCCACAAAAAAUAAUCUAAAGGCGUUAUAUCGCACUAUCUGGGUGGCCAAUUGACAGGUCCCGAACGUGAAAUAAAAUGCUCACCGAACUCGCCUCUCAACAAGUCCAUUGUUACGCGUGCUGUGUGGCAUGUGGCACAUUGCACGUCUUGCUGAAACCACAUGUCAUGCAGUCCAAGCGAGUUGGUGGUUUGAUGUCCAAUAAUGUAUAUUUGGCUCUAAAUUUAGUCACAAUAGCUCGAAUAGCGCUUCAGAGGGUCGAUUAAACUGACCAUAAAAUGGAAGAAGCGCGCGAUAAACUUUCUUAACAGAACACGCAUUUUUAUAAUAAAUUGCAAAAGCUGUUCGUUUGUAAGACGAUUCAUGGUUAAAUUAUAGACCAAACUGAAGAUGUUUGACAGUGAAACAAAACACGAAACGGUCGUCAGCUGUUUAAACCAACUGUUUAAAAAUAUAAUAGCUAAAGAAUCACCCGUUAUAAUAAUAAAACUAAUACAAGAACAAGUACGAACUGUUUAAUCAAGUCAAUAUGUUUUUUUAUAUGCCUAUAUAAAUCAUUCUCUGAAUAAACUGGAAACAAUGGGCUUGUUGCUGGCAUAAGUCGAGCUGUUUUGUCGGAUCGCUCGUUGCCUCGGAUGCCUUUAUGGCCUGGUACCCACAUAAUGUUGACCUUUUUUAAGUUCCGAAUGCAAAGGUCUCUUAGUUUUUUAACCAAUUUGCUACUACUAUUGUAUAUGUAAAUGUUUUGUAUGGCUUUAAUGGACGACUUGCUAUCCGUACAAAUGGGGAAUUUUCCUUUAUUACACUGCGCGAACUUCGCUGCUUUGUAUAUGGCCUCUGCUUUUGCUGUGAACACCGAGCAGUGUUCAGCUAACUGGCCUCCAGAAAUGAGCAAUCCUUGUUGAUUAACUACAAACGUGGUGUUAGUGUUGGUUUUUGAUCCGUCCGUAUAUAAACAAUUCCAAUUGUUGUUCCGGUAGUUUCUUUCCUGUUCUGCGAAGAGUUGUUGAUAGGUCGAACUACUUGUCGUAUAUUUAUUAAGGGGACAGAUACCUGUAAACGGCCGUAUUUUCCCUGAUUUUCAUUAAAAUUAUUUAAAAUGAAGAAGUCAAUAUUUUUUUUCAAAAUUGGCAUACAGUUUAUUUAUAUAUUAAAAUAAUAUACAAAUUUUUUUUUAUUUUAAUAAUUUAAAAUGGCGGAUGUACACUCCAUUCUUCCAGGCAGGUCGCAGCUGGGCUACUUAAUCGGCGGGCAUUGUAACAUCGGCGUCAGUGACCUGAAUACAAAAAACCAAACAUUUUUUUGCUUACUAAUGUCAUAAUUUUUAUAUGAAUUAAACAAAAAUGGGGGAAGAAAAUUCGCGGAAUAAAAUGCUUAAAAAAUGAGUUUUGGAGCGAAUUUUCCUACUAUUUUUGCUUCGAAAAAAUUAUUUUUUCGAAAAAUUUUCAAAAACUUUAAAUUCACAUAGAAAGUAAUAUCAUAAAAAAGAUCGGCAAAUAACUUUCCGAGUUAUCGUGUACGCCAAUUCGAAAAAUAUAUUGUAGUUUUGAGGAAAACGCGUCUAAAGUCGACAACGUAACUAUACCCCUCCCAGCGCUCGAACGCAAAGAAUAGAGUCGUCACGGUUGGCGAUCUAUAAUAUAAGAAAUACUUAAAUUUACGUUCUAAAAAUAUUUUGACAUAUUCUUAAAGGAUUAUAUUAACAUUUUAUGAAAAAAAAAAAUUUUUUUUUACAGAUAUCUGUCCCCUUAAGAGCGUGGAGAACGGUGUUGAAAUUUGAUUUAUAUAUAAACCACGAUGGUUGACUGUUAAAUUUAGCUCCUGGGUGGAGUUUUAUUCAAGAUUAAUCACCCUAACGGAAAAUUUAUAUAUUUUGCAAAUGGCGUCUUACGUCAAUAAUAUUUGGCACUUGUGAACUAGAGUGGUGCGGUAUAUAAAUAGGCAGGCAAUGGGGUGCGUAAAGGUCAAAUAAAAUGUUACAUCACUCAAAAUCACUUUUUUUGUAUUUUUAAAAAUUGAUUCAAAAACGAAAUUGUAUGAUUAAUUUUGCGCCACAUUGUUCUUUGUACUUAUUAUCCAGCUAGACGCUACCUAAAUAUUACGUUCAAAUUUUAAUGCACAGUUAGAUUUGAUUAGUUGUUAAAUGUACAAAUGUACGUAUUGCCCUUAUACGAAAUUUGUUUAGAUUGAUAAGACAUCUUUUUAGGAAUUCUAUAUAUGUAUAUAUAUAUUUCCAUAGUUCCUAGAUGAAACAUAGGGCUUCAAUAAACAAGUUAUAAUUUCGUUUGUUUGCAGCUAGAUGUGUAAUUUGACUCCAGGAAAGGCCUGCUCUGUCCGCCUCUGCUGCUACUUGUCGCCUCCAUGUGUUGGUUGGUCUCCCGCACCUACGGCUUCCUUGGGGAUACCAGUCUAGCGCUGUCCUUGCGAUGUCAUCCCGUGUUUGCGCAAUGUGUGCCCGAUCCAUUUCCACUUGCGACGCAUAAUUUCUAUGUGAACUGGUGUUUCCCCAGUAGCCGCCCAAAGAUCAUCAUUGCUUAUAAUAACAGGCCAGAAUAUCCGCAUUAUCUUUCGUAGGCAACGGUUUAGGAAGGAUUGCAAUGAUUGUAAGUUCCAUGUUUCACAUCCAUACAGAGCUAUCGACUUCACGUUGGCAUCAAAUAUUUUCAGUUUUGUGUGCCUGGAGAUGCGCGUUGAUCUUCAUACCUUGUCCAGCAGGCCAAAAUGCAACGCGUCCCUUAGAUAUUCUGUUGCGUGUGUCAGUUGUUGAUCCGCUGUUUUUUGAAAUUAUACUCCCAAGGUAGCAAAAUGCAUCUACAUCUUCAAGUGGGGAGUAGGCAAUUUGAAGGGCUUGAGUUUCGGUGCUGUUAAUCUGCAUUACUUUCGUCUUUGCUAUGUUAAUUCUUAGACCUCUUCGUGCUGCUGCAUGGCAUACCGCUUCUAGUUCAGCUGAUGCAUCUGAGUAUUUGUGCGAUAGUAAACAAAUGCCGUCCGCAUAGUCUAGGUCUUCAAGCCGGCCGAAUAACCCAAAGGAAAUGCCUCUGCUGCCCGCACACGCUUGUCGCAGGUACACGACUAAGUUGAACAAGAGUGACGAUAAUACACAUCCUUGCCUAAGAUGGAUGGAUGGAUUUAAGGAAUUAUUUUUUGUUUAAAAAAAAAGCAUUUUUUAUUUUGAGGUUCGAGCAAGAACGAAAAUUUCGUGUAAAAACAUUGAUUAGUGAGCCGCGUUAUUUCAAAAUCGUGUAAAAAAAGACCCUAUAAAAGAGAGUUGGUGUACUUUAAUGGAUAUAUAUAUGUCUAUAUAUAAUUGGCGCGUACACCCUUUUUGGGUGUUUGGCCUGGCUCCUCCUCCUAUUUGUGGUAUGCGUCUUGAUGUUGUUCCACAAAUGGAGGGACCUACAGUUUCAAGCCAAGUCCGAACGGCAGAUAUUUUUAUGAGGAGCUUUUUCAUUCUUUAAUAGAUAUUGCCAUGAAAAAAUAAAGCUGUUCAGGACAAUGCGCCCAAAGCCGGCGCGGUAGCUACUAAUAAUAAAAACUAAUAAUAAUAAUUUCUGCAUACUUAUCUAGAAAAAACUGUUUUUGGGUUAUGACGUUCUUCCAUCAAACGAGCGACAUAUGCAUUUAAGGAAAUCGCUUGAAAUUAUCCAAAAGUACUACAUAAGUGCUUGAGUAGUUAAAACGAACUAUUGUCCGCUUCUUCUCUGCGGAAAAAAGGAAUAAUUACUUGGAACCACCUAAGAAAGCUUAAAGAAAUCUCGUUCAUAUAAUCAUAUUUUUGAUUUUUGUAAAAAUAUAAGUGAGUGAGUGACCCUGUGACAUGUGACAUACCUACAUACAUAUGUACAUAAAUACUAAAAGGGCAAAGAGGGGAAAUUGAGAAUUGUCUAAUGAAGCCAGCCAUUUCGUUUUGUUUUUACACUCCAUAUAAAGUAUCCAAAAGCUUCGUAGUCAAUUACCAACUAGUGUAUAAUAAAAACAAAAACAAAACGUUGGUGCAGAAAAGUUAUGGUAAAUAUUGUAUUACAUUUACUAAUACAUACAUAUAUGUACAGGGUAUGGGGAGGUAUGUAUAUUCUGAACCUACAUAUGUAUGUGGAUUUUAUAAUGGCAACAAAGAUAGAUAAAUACUUCUAAUAUAUGUAGAGCUCCCCGUUAAAAAAAUUAUAUUCAGCUCGAAAUUUAAGAUUAAUAUUAGAUAAAAUUUAACUGAAUCUACAUUUUGUUGUUGAGCUUGGCGUAUGUAAUGGUACAGCGCACAUAUCGAGUACAGCUGCAUAUAUACAGGAAAACAAACAUAAAAACAAAGCUCGAUUACACACACACACACAUACACACACACACACACACACACAUGCAUACGUAUGUAGAUGCUAUACUAAAUGAAAAAAGAGAGAUUUAAUUUAAGAACCACUUGAUAUUGAUGAGAUAUAAUACAAAACGAUUUGAUGUAUUAGUUAAGUAAAAUUUUACUAGCCGACUUAAAGUAAAUUUAAGAUUUAUUUUUAAACAAUUUACAAAGCAUAAGAGUACAUAUAAAUAAUUAUAAUAGUAACGAAAUAAACUUCAUAACCUUCU